AUGCCUACAGAAAACGUGAUGCAGCCACAGCUGGAGAAUGACUCCAGUGUCCUAGUAUUUACACUCUCCGGUCUCAAUGAAACAAUGGAAAACAGAUAUGUGUUUUUUUCUUUUACUUCACUGUUUUAUCCAUUGAUGGUAUUUUGUAACGUAACAGUAAUUUUCACUAUAAUCUCACAUAAGAAACUUCACGAGCCAAUGUAUCUGUUUAUCUGUAAUUUAUGCUUAAAUGGACUUUUUGGCACUUCUGGAUUCUACCCUAAAUUCAUGUACGAUUUAUUAUCAUAUGAUCAUGUGAUUUCUUAUGUUGGAUGUAUGAUUCAGAUAUUUGUCAUUUAUUCAUCUGCUUUAUGUGACUUUUCAACAUUAACAGUGAUGGCAUAUGACAGAUAUGUGGCAAUAUGUAGACCAUUGGAGUAUCAUUCAGUAAUGACGAGUAAGAGGGUUCUUCAGUGUAUCCUUUUCUGUUGGUUCACUCCAUUUUUGUGCAUGUCUGUUCUAAUUAUAUUAAUUGCUAGACUCACUUUAUGUGGCUCUACUGUUGAAAAGUUAUACUGUGAGAUUUGGGCAGUUGCAAAACUUUCAUGUUUUUCUACAACUUUAAAUAAUGUGUUUGGGUACAUAGUUAUUCUUGCAUACUUUGGACAUGCAAUAUUGAUAUUUUGCUCAUACAUUCACUUGAUUAAAAAGUGCAGAAAGUCAAUAGAGGGAAGACACAAAUUCAUACAAACAUGUGUACCGCAUCUGCUUUCCCUGAUCAAUGUGACUACUGCAUUGUUAUUUGAUGUACUUUACAGUCGUUAUGGCUCAAAGAAUUUGCCACAAGGUGUGCGUAAUUUUAUGGCCCUUGAAUUUCUUACUCGUGCCACCUAUUUUAAAUCCCCUUAUUUAUGGCCUAAAUUUAAAAGCAGUAAGGCAGCAAGUUAUUGGAUUGUUUUUUAA